AGUAACACGUGAUUUUUUCCUUUAAACAAUAACAAUAACAACAAUAGCAAAACAGCAACAUCAAUCAUAAUAACAAUAAAUUGUUCUUAUCGGCCAGUUCAGUAAUGCUUAACGAUGGUGAUGUGGUGUGACAGUGAAUAGGACAAUGACAAUGUGAUGAAAAUAUAGUGAAAUUAACCGUAGGGAAUUGGAAAUAAUUAUAUGACAAAAAGGUGUUUAUAAUAAGAGAAACGAGGAAGUUAAAGAAAUAAAGCAAAGGGAAGCUAGCCAGAGGACAAGAAGGACCGCAGAACACGAGGCGACAGCAGCGACGCCGCCAGGAGGCCGCAAUGAGGCCUCUCGCCGCCCUCCUCCUCUUCCUCUCUCUCUCCCUCCCCUCCCCCUCCUUCGCGCGAGGCCCCCCCACCCCCCUCCGCAUCCCGGUCGUCGAGUCUCUCAUCAUCCCCGCCGAGGACAUGACGACCCUCACGCUCAUCGAGGAGAGCUUCCAGCCGCUGGUCGUCCCCGGGUCGUUGCCGUGCCCCGGUGGCGCUGUCUCGACGCACACCGCCGGCCCUUCUAUGGGUCGUAAGCCAGAUGUUGAGUCUCAACAUGGUGGUCGUCACGAGGCCCUUCCUAGUCCCUGGUGGUUCUUCAAGGGCUUGGAGACGAGUCUUGAGGCCGCGACGACCUUCUGCGUCGUCGACGUUCAGGGGGAGGAGGAGGGAGAGAGAAAACGACGACCAGGAAUGAAGAGAAAGGCGGAGAAGCUUGUUGGCGGCGAGAGGGACGACAGACGAGGACACGAAGAAAAGGGAGCGAAGAAAGGAGAGGAAAAUAACUGCGGUGACGUACCGGAGAAGGAGAGAGAGAAAGAAGGAAAGAAGGAAAACAGGGAAGAGGAAGUCAUAGAAAGUCACGAAGGCCCAAAGACUCUGGAAAUGUCCCUGAGACGAUUCGCUCUGGAAGGUUCCCGCAGGUGGUCGCACGCCGUCGCCAACAUCAGCCAGGGAAUCGGAACAUCCAUACCCAUUCCGACGCUUCUGGCGGACGCGGAUUUCGAGUUUCUGGACAUGAGAAGGACGCACCUGCACCACGCACGCGCAGGUUGGGGUGGCCACGUGACUCAGCGCGAGGGCCAUGACGUCACCACAGCUGUUGUGUGCGCACUGGAAGGUCAACUGCAGUUCCUUCUCUCUCCAUUUUCCCUGCCGUGGCAAUUUCUACAGUGUGGUGCCGACGAGUGCCUCCUGCAGGUCCCUUCCGACGGAGCCUCAGACGAGGGGCGCCCCGAGGUGUUCCUUGCUCGUGCCCAAGUGCUGCCCGACUCCUGCCUCUAUAUGCCCCAAGGGUGGCAAUGGCAAGUGCGUGCCGAGGAAGACACGACCUUCCUCUGGCUGGCUUGGCAGGACGACCUCGUGCUUCGUGAUGACGUCAUCGCUGCUCUCCUCCCGCCGGAUGAGGAUGACCAAGGCAGGGGGGGCGAGGAUGACCACGCUCAGAGGGGGCGAUCUGCGGGGGGGAAAUCAACCAACACCAGGACUGGCGCCAAGAAGGGGAAGUCGACAGGUCCUGCGACUCUGUGGGAGAUCCUGCCCACUGACCCCCUGCCCCCCCUGGUCCUGUGGGGCGAGCAGGACCCACUCCCCCACCUCCUGGGCCAGUACCUCCUCUCAGGCCACCAACUCUCCUUCGACGCCUUCUACGAGCGUUUUCGGAUCGAUUCUUUCGAGUUCCUCUGGAUUCUUCUUGAUUUCUCUGAAUUACUCUUUAUUCUUCCGGAUUGUUCUGGGUUACUCUGGAUCUUCUGGAUCCUUUUAGAAUUUUCUGGAUUCUUCUGGAGUCCUCAGGAUUCUUCCGGAUUCCUCUGGAUUGCUCUGAAUUUCUCUAGAUUCUUUCGGAUUUUGCUCGACCGCCUUCUUCUGCCUGACCUAGUCGACUGCCCGCCCGAGUGCCAGGCCCUCGCCGCUUCCAUCUUCAGCCUUCUGGACGCGAGCGCAGAUGGUCUCCUGAACCAGCUGGACGCCACCUACCUGACCCGGGCCAGCGUCAGGUCACUCACGCAGCAGCUGGAUGACCUUCUGGACGAGUUGAGGGACAUGGGGACAGAGCAGUGGGUGCACGUGGUUCAGGGCGACUCCGGACCCAGAGAAGCCUUCUUAGGGCGAGCCAAGGACCGCAUGGUGUCUUCGGCGCAGUCUCAGGUCAGGCGCUGGAUUGACGGGGAUCUCGAAGGCGCGGACGAGGAGGCGCUGAAGGAACACCUGCCGGAGUUGUUCUCGCAGGUCGUCGCGGCGAGGGAGAAUACGGAUGGAAAGGAGGAGUUGUAA